AUGAAUUUGUUUCGAGGCGCUCGAUUCUGGGUGUCUAUGACCGUCCCGCAAAGGGUGAGGUUUAAAGAACUGAUCAAGGAAUAUGGCGGUACUGUCGUCCUGAUGGAGAAGGAUGCUGAUGUGAAGCUGGUGGAUCACACCAGAAGAGACCUUCCCGAUGACACCUUCUCCUAUCAAUAUGUGGAGCGUUCCAUCAAGAAUGGACAGCUUGAAGAUCUAGAAGCCCACCGAGUCGGACCAUCUGCACCACGUCCAAUGGGUGCAUCAAACAUUCCCACCAAAAGCACAAGAUCUUUUUUUACCUUGCAAGAAGAUCAGCUCGUGUUUGACUGGAUUGAACACUUUGGAAGAGAGCCAGGGGCGCCUGUUCAAGGCAAUAGGUUUUACCAAGAUUUAAGUGAACUGGUACUAUGA